AUUUACUCGAAUUCGUGCUGCCCCGCGGAAAAAAAGACAAGGUGAAGUUUCAAAUUUUAAUAUUCCAAGAAGUGAGUUAAGGAUAUGAAGAUUCAAAGACAUCACACAUCAUGAGUUGGAGAAUAAUGGCAUGAACACUGCCCGAGGCCUUCUUUUUUUGCAGCAGCACAAACACCAAUACUCGCGGUUCCAACGCUUGGUUCUACCCGCAAUUGGAACCGCGACUGCAGGAGCCGCCUACUUAUCUGAGGAUCUUCCGUCGGGGAGAGCGGGGUGUCACAGAAGCAGUAGCAGCAUCUUCAGUCGUCGAUUCUUCAUUAAGAGCGACAAGUUUUACAUCAAGCCACACGCCCUGCGAAUGGCGCCGCCGACUACCCGGCCGGGACGUGGCAGGUCCAGCAGCAAAGAUGGGGGCAAGAGUCCCCUGCUGAAGACAGAGGACUGGUUAUCCUAUUUAAAAACGUCCCCACCCCAUAGUUGUAAUGCAAAUCUGCAUCCUGAAAACGUUUCUCAUGCGGAGCCCCAUGAGAAGCAGACUCUACUAGUCGCGUUUUGCAAUUUGUCAUGCACCAAUCAGCAUGGUGUGCUAGAUCUGUGAUGCUGCUGAGCUAGCUCAAGCAGCACUAUACUACGAAUCCAAAUUUGUGAUGCAAAACAGAAAAACUUGUGGAUUUGUCUAGCCGAUUCCCCAUCUUGACUAUGGUGUGGGGACAUUUUUACUCAGGAUACUGGUCGGUGAAGGUGCUCACGCAGGAGUUGCCGCAAAACAAGCACAUGCAGCUGCACGACGAGAUGACAACGGCAAGAAACAGGAUGAACCCCAACAGGAUAAAGAUCCGGUUCAGUUCGCCAAACGGGAAAACCGGCGGCUUUAUCGUUCGCAGUUACGACCCACGUUUGGACGGCGACGACCGAGCUGGGGCACCAUCGUCAGCGGACCAGCAAAAUAACUCACCGUCAACAUCACCGGUUGACCCCGCAACGGCGCUGAGAAACAGAAAGCUGCUGGCGGCGCUGCUGGAGCAGAAGGGUGAGGAGAAGUCGAUCCUGAAGUCUUUGCUGCAGCUGCAUUUGCUGAGCACGCAGCAAAAGAACAUGAACGAAAACCAGCAAAAGAAACGCACGAGUCCGACAUCUGCGGAGGAGAGCGAAGAUGCCCUGACGCGGGAACCGAACAAGACGGAGCACGAGCGCGAGAGGCAGCUGCUGGAAAGGAAGAAUUUGGAGGAGAAGAAGCGAAGAAACAAUAGGAAGGAGAAAACCUUCGUCAGCCGCAAAGACUUUUUUCUUCUGAAGCCCCGCGGUGAAACAUCCGAGACGAACUCGUCUGUGAAGUGCGAAGAGAGGAAGGGAGACGAGCAGAGUGCCGUCUUCACAGAGCAAUCCGAUGAAAAUAGCUCACAAUUAUCAUCUUUACAAGAUGACUUGAAUCGGAACUGUGGCGCGUUCCAGAGUAGAGGCAAGCGCGACUCGUCGCCUGGUUCAUCGUCGACAACCGCGGAGAAAGGAUCGGAUGACGGCAAUACAGACGCGGUUUCCGGAACGACGGAUCGUCUUGCGGCGACCAAGACCUCCGGUACUACUGCUUCCAGUAACCGGAGCCUCUCUGCGGAGGAAUCAGACACGGUGCAGAUGUUCAAAAAGUGCGCGCCCAGCGUGUGUCAGAUCACCACGCGCGUCGGGGGUUACUACAGCAUGAAUUUUGACCCCAUCGAGAUCGAGAAGGGCGUGGGGAGCGGGUUCGUGUGGCAGGACGGAGUCCAUGUCGUGACCAACUGUCAUGUCGUGAAGGGCGCCAGUCGCUGCUUCGUCACGUUCCCCCCGGACAUGGGCGAUUUCGUGCAAAAAACUGCCGGGGCAACGAACCAAAGUAGAGAUGAAGCCAGUUCCGACGCCGGUGCUUCCACUUCUGCCACGAAAAGCAAGAACUCGUUCGACGAGCCCUUGGAGGCCGAGGUGGUGGGCGAGGACGAGGAUUGCGACCUGGCAAUUUUGCGUUUAGUGAAGCCCAAGAAGAAGCUGGACGGGCUGAAGGUUGGCACCUCCCACGACCUGCAGGUCGGGAACAAAGUUUUCGCGAUUGGGAACCCCUUCGGCUUCGACCAGACGCUCACCUCCGGCAUCGUCAGCGGGCUGGGACGCGAGGUGCGGGGCGCCACGGGGAAAAAGUUGCGGAACCUCGUGCAAACCGACGCGGCGAUCAAUCCGGGCAACAGCGGGGGGCCGUUGCUGAACCGGCACGGCGAACUCAUCGGCAUCAACACCAUGAUCGCUUCGCCGUCCGGAGCGUAUUUUUUUAUACAACUUACCUCCAGGGUUUCAUUGUGGUUCUGCCUUUAUUCAGAAAGAAACUUCUGCGGCGUGGUGCGUGUGUGUUGAGGUUUGAUUCUGCAGUAUGUGGUUUUGAUCACUUUACCGCCCUGUUUCGCGACGAUAUUUCGUUGCUUUUGAUCAAUCAAAAAGGUUUUCCGGUGUGGGUUUUGCGAUUCCGGUGGACACGAUCCAACGGGUAAUCAAGCAGUUCCUCCAAUACGGUCGGAUUCUGCGGCCCUGGUUGGGGAUCUACUGCGCGCCGGAUCACUGGGUAGAGAAGUACUCCGAGGUGAUAUUACAGUGAUAAGUGCCCCCCACCCCCAAAGUUGCAAAAAUUUGUGAUGCGAAGUUUCCAAAAGAAAACUUUUUGUCAUGCAUGAAAGGAAUAUGAAUCUUUCUGAUGCAGAUUCUAGUGGUGUUUCGCAUCGCUUGCAUGACAAGCACCGCUCUUGCUGGGAUCUUUUGCAAUGCAAAUUUUUGCUAUUCACGAUCGGAAAUCUGUGAUGCUGAUACAUGCAAGAGGGCGAAUGUUUCAUUUGGAAAGGUUUGCAAUACAAAUGCUUUCAAGUUCGGGGGUGGGGGCAUUUUUCAUUGUAAUAAGUGAACGGCGUCUUCGUGCUGCAUAUGAAGGUGAAAGAAAAAGCCCUCCCACCAGACGUUGAAGGAAAUUUGUGUUGGGUGGACUUAGCCUAAUCCGGGAGUGGUGCAUGCGCAAGUGGUUGUUCUUUUUCAGUUCAUACGAGAAGAGAACAGCGGAGGGUAGUGACUUCGAUCAUAGCAACAGUGCAGGUUGCGAUCGCGCAUAGCAGCAGUGCAGAUCGCGCAAGAAAAAAGAAUUUUGCAAUGCCCGCCAAAGGAUUAGGAUGCAAAGACAAUAUUUGCAAACGCGAGACCACGAGAUGCCGGCCUUUUCGCCUUCUUGUAAGGGAACCCUGCGUUGUUUGUAAGCACACAAAUGAACUCACAUCAUGAAAAAAAGUUUUUUUAUUUCGGGUAUGCGGUGCGGGGGUAUUUCAUUUUGAUGCUGCAAGUGGAGCCCGACUCCCCUGCGGAGAAGCAGCAGCUUCGGCCUUUUGUACGGUAUCCCGUGGAUUAAAAAAGCUAGUACAUCAGAAUCACACUUUUUUUCUACGUGCAAAGAAAAGAAAACAGAAAAUCUUCAAUGGCUUUUCCUAAGGGUUGCUUGCCCAUUGCAGAGUUUCUGGGUUCGCCAUUUUUGCACUACAAAGUUAGUGUGUGAUGUGCUAGUAUGAUGUAAGUUUCCGAUUGAUACACGCGAUGGGCGGAAGAUUUUCAUCGGGGACGUGAUUUGCAAGGUGGAUGGAAAGAAGAUCUACAAGUUAUCAAAAUGAAAAAUCCCCCCUCCCCAUAUCGAAACGGCAUGACUCCGAAAAUUUGUGUUGCUGAUUUGAGACCACAAAUCACGCCUGUCUUGCAAGAAGACAAAUGCAGAGGCUUCCGGGCCAUUAUGGAAGCGAUUUGGCAUGCUGUUGGGCCUAGGGGACAGCCGUCUGCAAUGCUAAAUAGCUAGACCCAAACGCCCCCACCUAGGCUGAGGAUCUAGCUGCGAUGCCUUAUUGCAAGACAGCGCGCAUUUGUGUACAGAAAUCCCGCAUCAGAAACUUCGUCUCGAUAUGGGGAGGGGGUAUUUUUCCUUGCAAUACAAGUCCGAGGAGCUUAUUGACGCGGUCGAGUCGAAGGAGCCGGGCGAGAGUCUGACGCUAUCAAAUGCAAAAAUGUCUGGGUCUGGAAGGAUCCGAACUUGUGAUGCGCAUUUCAGAACACAGAAAAAUCUCUCAUGCAUAGGUAGCAAGAGCUGCCGACUUUCUGUCACCAAAAUGGGGGAUUUCUCAUGCGGGUUCGGCAUUGCGGAAGCUUCUCGAAACCUGUGAUGCUAGAGCUCCCAUGACAGACCUUCUGUGUCAUGCAAAAACAGCAUGACUCUUCCAGACCCAGACAUUUUUACAUUUGAUACACGCUCACCGUAUACUACAAGGGCGCGUUUCGGGUGGUCAACCUCAAGCUCGGCGUCAAGCCCAGUGUGGGGCCAAGCAACAGUGCCACCGGCGGGUCCGUGCAGUCGCAUGGUGGGGCGGGGAACCCGGUGCGAAGAAGCAAGUUGUAAAAAAAUAGAAGAUUAUUUCAUGCGGAUAUAUCAUAAUCGUAAUCGUUCAAAAAGGCCAAAGGUAAAGUUGUUUCACUACUUGUACGAGUGGUUACGUACCAUAAUUCUGUUCCUACUGAACAAGAAAGGAAAAUUUUGAAGAGGCCACACUCUCGAAAAACACGUUUUUUGGCAAAUUCACACGUGCACCCGGAGUCGGUGUCGUGGCACGAAUAAAGGUACAAUAUCAACAUCCUCGAUGAAAAGCAGUAUGGUUUGGCAUUCAACACCUGUCACAGCAUUCGAAGCUGCAUAAAUAUGACCAUAGACAAAUUUUGUAGGCCUCUUUUUUCGCAGCGACUGUUGUAAAGCUAAAGGAUGAGGUGAAUAUCAUGUACUGGGAAGAAGUAGAAAAAUUUUCCGAUACUAGGUAAAAGAGCACCAACAAAAGUCAGCUCUACUCCGGUCGGCCACAACCAGACUAUGGAAAUAAAGGAAAUGUGCAGUGAGCGGAGGUAUUCGAGAUUCGAUUUUUGAGAAACCGGUAUGUCUUGAGCAGCAGGAUUUCUUAUUUAUUAGCUAGCACCACGUCGCAUUCGCAACUAC